CUGCUGCUGCUGCUGUGGUGGUGGAGGCAGUGGCUGCAUAGGUAGUGGCGGGGGUGUGAAUCUAUCAAAAGAAUCUAUAGGCGGCAAUUGCACAUUGUUGUUGUUGUUGUUGUUGUUGUUACUUUCGGUAUCGGAAUACCCCAGGUUGCUGCUAGCGGGUGAUCUGAUGGGCGUCAAUCGGAUAGCAUCAAAUGAGGAUUUGCCUGGGUGUGGCACCUGCAUAUCAUAAACCUCGGUAACAGCAUCCAUACCAGGGUUCUUGGUGUUUGUUUUGCGCGGCAUAUUGGGUUUGUUCCGUUUUUUGUACGGUCCACGCUUGAUCCCCUUCAUGCGCGGCUUGCGCUGUGAGUCGACGCAGGUUGAGGAUAGGUUGUAUUUUUGGCAGCGCUGGCAUGGUCGGUGUGGAUCGCAGCGUUUGCAGGCGCGUUGGCAGUUGAUGCAAGCGUUUUUGACCUGCGCACGUUUCCUUUGCCCGGUGUUGUUGGAUCCGCUGUUUCUGAAAGUGUUGGUGAGGAUGUCGCGGAUCUUUGGUUGUUGUCAAAGUGGUCGUAGUGGUCGUAGUGGUUGAGCCGGUCAAAAUGGGCGUAUCUGUCAGACAUUUGUUUAUUUAUGGAGCUGACUGUAUCUAUAUAUGUGUGUGUAUCGGUUAAAUAGAAUAUAAAAACAAGGUUAAGUACAAUAAAAAAGUCACCAAGAUAAUCUAAUAGUUAAAAA